UUUGUAUGUAUAAAUGGUUACAACAGUAAAAAAAAAAACUUUCUGAUGUGACACAAUUUCCACAUAUUGUAGUCUGAUCUCGCGAUGUUUCCGUGUGACUCACGUGAGCACCCAAACACCGCGAGAAGUCGGGCAAGCAAACAAAAAUGGUGGCUCGCUGAUCGUCCAUGCGGCUCCGUGUGACCUGAAGAACUCCCGUUUUCUGUUUUUGGUAACUUAACUAAAAAACAUACUGUCACGUAGCUUGCUGAUAAAAGCGAGUCUUGGAGCGGCUCGGCGAACGACACAAACAUGCAGCACGACGACGUCAUCUGGGACAUUAUCGGCAACAAACAGUUCUGCUCCUAUAAAGUCAAGACGAAAACUCAGAGUUUCUGUCGCAAUGAGUACAACAUCACGGGUUUGUGUAACCGCUCGUCGUGUCCGCUUGCUAACAGCCAGUAUGCCACCAUCAGGGAAGAGAAAGGGCAGUGUUUCCUCUACAUGAAGGUGAUCGAGCGAGCGGCGUUUCCUGCCAAGAUGUGGGAGAAGGUGAAGCUGAGCAAGAACUACGAGAAGGCUCUGGAACAGAUCGACGAGAACCUGAUCUACUGGCCUCGCUUCAUCCGCCACAAAUGCAAACAGCGUUUCACAAAGAUCACGCAGUAUUUGAUCCGCAUGAGGAAGCUGGUCCUCAAGAGACAGAGGAAACUGGUCCCGCUCAGCAGGAAGGUGGAGCGGCGGGAGAAGCGGAAAGAGGAAAAAGCUCUGAUCGCCGCCCAGCUGGACAACGCCAUCGAGAAGGAGCUGCUGGAGCGACUCAAACAGGGAACGUAUGGAGACAUCUACAACUUCCCCAUCCACGCCUUCGACAAAGCUCUGGAGAAGCAGGACGAGGAGAGCGAGGCCGAUUCGGAGACAGACCGGGAGGAGGAGGAGGAUGAUGAGGAUGUUGGAAAGAGAGAGUUCGUAGCGGAGGAAGAGAUGGACGAGAGUGACCUCAGCGACUUUGAGGACAUGAACAACCUGAGGACGAGCAGCGAUGAGAUGUCCACUGACGACGAGGAGGAGCUGAUGAAGGCGUCACGCUCCAAAGGCAAAUCUCCCGCCAACAGUUCCGCUGCCAGGAAGAAGCGAGCGUACGUCGAGAUUGAGUACGAGCGGGAGACGGAGCCGCCCGCCAAGAGCGCAGCCACGUAGCGUUAACUGUCACCGUGACAACGCAACACAAACUCUUCUGCUUGCCGUGAUUGGAUCCCAAGUCACAAGACCGUCAUCGCAUUGCUUCUUUCAAUAAAAUUCCAAUGUGUUUUUUGAGAAAUGAAUAAAGAAUAAAUAAGACCAUAGAA